AACCCCAUCUCUACUAAAAAUACCAAAAAAAUAAUUAGCUUGGUGUGGUGGCAGAUGCUUGUAAUCCCAGCUACUUCUUGGGAACCUGAGGCAGCAGAAUCAUUUGAACCUGGGAGGCGGAGGCUGUAGUAAGCCAAGAUCGUGGCACUCCAGCCUGGGCAACACAGUGAGACCCUGUCUCAAAAAAAAAAAGUAUAAGUGUCUAAUACUGCUGGUAGCUGCUCAGUAGUCUGUCUCUGAGAUAAGGGAUAUUGAAAAGUGUAAGGUCAAGCGAAAGAGUUCAAGGUGAGUGUGGUGAUGCAUGCCUCUAGUCCCAGCUAUGAGCUGAGGCAGGAGGUUUGUUUGAGGCCAGGAGUUUGAGGCUGCAGCAAGCUAGGAUCAUACCACUGCAUUCCAGCCUGGGCAACAUAGCAAGACCCUGUGUCUAAAAAAGAAAAAUAAGUUAGCUCAUGCCAGUGGAGUAUGUGCUCCUUAGCUUUCUACCCUUUCUACAGCCCCUGAAUCUGACUCAUUUCUUGACUUUAUCAUUAUAGCUUCCACCCUUCCUGCAACCUCUACUGCCUGAUUGGAGUCCUAAUUUUACUCUCUCCCUCCCUGAGGCAUAUUUAAAGGUCUCUCUGUGGAGUAAGGAGAUCUUCAGAGCUGUUAGUGUAACUAAUUGAGAAGUAUUGUUUCCAUUGCCUAUUCUACUGAUGUUGCUUCUCUUGUGAACCAUUAACUUUAAUUGGAUAUUAUUUUUACCUGUUUCUGGGCCAAAAGUCCCUUUAUUCCAUUUUGCCAUGGCUCAGAGCAGUGUUCAAAUCCGUAAGUGUUUUACAGGUUUUUAGGGUUAGAAGGGAUCUCCAAGUUAAUCUAUCUCCCAUCAAAGCAGGAACACCUUUAGAACAUCACUGAAAGGAGGAUUAUCCAGAUGAUGCUUAAUGUUUCUAGUUAUUUGGGAUUUAUUAUCUAGAAGGGAUCCCAUUCCACUGUUAGAAGGCUUAAGUCUUUAGACAUGUUUAUUAUUAUUUUUUUUAUUGAGAUGGGGUUUCACCAUGUUGACCAGGAUGGUCUCAAUCUCUUGACCUUGUGAUCUGUCCAACUUGGCCUCCCAAAGUGCUGGGAUUACAGGCGUGAGCCACCGUGCCCGGCUGACAUGUUUAUUAUUUAUUUAUUUAUUUUGAGACAGAGUUUCGCUCUGUUACCCAGGCUGGAGUGCAAUGGCGCAAUCUCGGCUCAUUGCAACCUCUGCCUCCUGGGUUCAGGCAAUUCUCCUGCCUCAGCCUCCUGAGUAGCUGGGAUUACAGGCACACGCCACCAUGCCCAGCUAAUUUUUUGUAUUUUUAGUAGAGAUGGGGUUUCACCAUGUUGACCAGGAUGGUCUCAAUGUGUUGACCUCGUGAUCCACCCGCCUCAGCCUCCCAAAGUGCUGGGAUUAUAGGCUUGAGCCACCGCGCCCAGCCUAUUAUUAAAAAUUAUAUCACUAUUGAGUGUUUAACAUCUAUGAGGGUAUUUAUAUAUUUAGUAUAUAUAUACUGUAUGUAGAGUAUUAUGUGUAUUUCAUAAAAUAACCUUAUAUGGAAGAGGGCCUCCCAUUUUUAGAGAUCAGAAAACUAAGGCUUAAAGAAAUUAAGUAAGCUAAGUAACUUGCUGAAGAGCACCUACCAAAUAAGAGUAAGAGCUAAGGUUCUAACUCGGAUUAAAAAUUCUGAAUUGAGAAAAAAUCAGUUUAAGCCAUUUAAACAAUAAAAUAGCUUACUGGAGACUGAUAAGUUCAAAGGUAGUAUAGCUUUAGCAUUGAUUUAAUGUAAAAAGUCACUGUUGUUAGAGCUGUGGUUUUGUUGCUCUGCAGUUUUCCUAUCUCCGCUCUCCUCCACGUGUUCUUUUUAUUCUCAGACCGGCUUCACUUGGGUAGCCAGUUAAUUUUCUGAAGCUCCUAGGCUUGCAUACCUAUUUACCCAUAUCCAGGGGAAGAGAGCCAGUGACUCCUUUCUCAGUCUAUGAACAAAGCUUUUGAGCUUUGGAUCACAUUAUUGGUUAUUCUUCAAGUGAAGAUACUGAUUGGGAGGAAGUAUGAAGCAUCUGGAGUGCCAUAAUGUUCCAUAUCUUGAUCUGCAUGGUGGUUACAUAGGUAUAUAUAAAUGUAAAAAUUCAACAAACUGUACACUUAAAAUCUGGGCAUUAACUGUAUGUAAGUCAACCUCCAUUCCUCUACAAACACAUCCUGAGCACCACUCUGAUUGGAUCAAGAAGUUAGGUCAUAUGCUUACAUCUGAACCAAUUGUAGAGGUGAGGUGGAUGUGAUGGAAUCACUAAUUAAGGCUUUCUCCUAACUGGAGGUAAGGUCAGUAACACCCAACCUUAAGUAAGGGUUGCUACCUAAAUAGGGAAAGGGUGAACGGACAAUAAGGAGAUAAUUAUAAAGUCCUCACCUAAGAGUACGUCAGGCAAAAAGGCCAAGAUGGGGAAAAGGCAAAUGAAUUAAAUGUCCAGAAUAGACAAAUCUUUUUUUUUUCUUUUUUUGAGAUGGAGUCUUGCUCUAUUGCCCAGGCUGGAGUGCACUGGUGCAAUGUUGGCUCACUGCAACCUCCACCUCCGAGGUUCAAACAAUUCUCCUGCCUCAGCCUCCUGAAUAGCUGGGACUACAGGCAUGUGCUACCAUGCCUAGCUAAUUUUUGUAUUUUUUGUAGAGAUGGGGUUUCACUGUGUUAGCCAGGAUGGUCUCAAUCUCCUGGCCUCAUGAUCCACCUGCCUUGGCCUCCCAAAGUUCUGGGAUUACAGGGGUGAGCCACCACACCUGGAGCCCAGAACAGACAAAUCUAUGAAGACAGAAAGUAGAUUAGUGGUUUUUCAGGGGUUGGGGAGGGAGGAAUUGAGACUGACAGAUGAUAGGUAUAGGGUCUCUUUUGCGGGUGAUAGAAAUGUUCUGGAAUUAGAUAGUCUUGAUAGUUCAACAACAUAAUACAUAUAUAUAUAUAUAUAUGUGUAUAUAUAUAUAUAUAUAUUUUUUUUUUUUGAGACAGAGUCUUACUCUGUCACCAGGCACCAGGCUAGAGUGCAGUGGCGGGAUCUCAGCUCACUACAACCUACGCCUUCCAGGUUCAAGCAAUUCUCCUGCCUCAGCCUCCUGAGUAGCUGGGACUACGGGCAGGUGCCACCAUGCCCAGCUAAUUUUUGAAUUUUUAAAAGAGACAGGGUUUCACUGUGUUGGCCAGGUUGGUCUUGAUCUAUUGACCUCAUGAUCCACUUGCCUCGGCCUCCCAAAGUGCUGGAAUUACAGAACAACAUAAUAUAUUUAAAAACACUGAAUUGGGCCAGGCACAGUGGCUGACACAUGUAAUCCCAGCACUAUGGGAGGCCGAGGCAGGCAGAUCACCUGACGUCAGGAGUACGAGACCAGCCUGGCCAACAUAAUGAAACCCUGUCUCUACUAAAAAUACAAAAAUUAGCCAGGCAUGGUGGCGGGUGCCUGUAAUCCAAGCUACUCAGGAGACUGAGGGAGAAGAAUUGCUUGAACUUGGGAGGCAGAGGUUGCAGUGAGCUGAGACUGUACCAUCGCACUCCAGCCAGGGCAACAAGAGCAAAACUCUGUCUCAAAAAUAAAGUAAAAUAAAAGAUAACACUGAAUUGUACACAUUAAAAUUGUGAAUUUGCCUAUGUACAGUGGUUCAUACCUGGAAUCCCAGCACUUUGGGAGGCUGAGGUGGGUGGAUCACUGGAGCUCAGGAGUUUGAGACCAGUCUGGGCAACAUGGUAAAACCCCAUCUCUACCAAAAAAAAACCAAAAAAGCAAAAAUUAGCCAGGUGUGGUGGACACCUGAAGUCCCAGUUACUUGGAAGGCUGAUCCCAGGAGGUGAAAGUUGCAGUGAGCCAAGAUUGUACCACUGCAUUCCAGCCUGGGUAACAACAGUGAGACUCUGUUUCAAAACACACACACACACACACACACACACACACACACAAUGGUGAAUUUUAUAUGAAUUAUAUCUGAAUUUUUUAAAUGAAGUAAAGAUUAUCUAAAACCAAGAAUCAAUAUUAACAUUUCAAGGAAAAUCAUUUCAUUCCCCAUAAAAUGAGGAAGAAAUCAAAAAUGUUUUAAAAAUAAACUGCAAUAUGUAACAUUGAUUAGAAAUCCUGAUUAUCAUAAGAAAUAUAGCAUAAAUAUUUGGAAAGAACUUAAUAUGGAAUAAACUAAUAUGGCAUAAAUAUUUAGAAAGAACUAAAAAUAUGAUUUUAUACCUAGAAAUCCCAAAGGAAUCAAAUAGAAUUAGAGGUAACAAUAGUCGAAGAUAACAUUUAAUACUAUUAGGGUCAGAUGUAGUGGCUCACACCUGUAAUCCCAACCCUUUGGAAGGCUAACAUGGGAGGAUCACUUAAGGCCAGGUGUUCAAGACCACCCUGGGCAACACAGUGAGACCCGUCUCUACAAAACAUUUUUUUUUUUUUGAGAUGGAGUUUCACUCUUGUUACCCAGGCUGGAGUGCAAUGGCGUGGUCUCGGUUCACCGCAACCUCCGCCUCCUGGGUUCAGGCAAUUCUCCUGCCUCAGCCUCCUGAGUAGCUGGGAUUACAGGCACGUGCCACCAUGCCCAGCUAAUUUUUUGUAUUUUUAGUAGAGACAGGAUUUCACCAUGUUGACCAGGAUGAUCUCUAUCUCUUGACCUUGUGAUCCACCUGCUUCGGCCUCCCAAAGUGCUGGGAUUACAGGCUUGAGCCACCUCGCCUGGCCCAACAGUUUUUUUUUUUAAAGGCUGGAUGUGGUUGGUGGCCCAUGCCCGUGAUUCCACCUACUUGGGAGGUUGAGGCAGGAGCAUUGCUUGAGCCCGGGAGUUCAAGACUAGCCUGGGCAACAUAGUGAGAUCCCAUCUCCACACACACACACAAAAAAUUAGCCAGGUGUGGUGGUGGCAUGUGUCUGUGGUCCCAGCUACUCAAGAGGCUGAGGUGAGAGGAUGGCUUGAGCCUGGAAGUCAAGGCUGCAGUGAGCUGUGAAUGAGCCAGCACAUUGCAGCCUGGGUGACAGAGCAAGACUCUCUCAAACAAAUUAUUAGAAGAAAAGGCUGACAACAGAAACCUGAGAAACAUGUUUAAAGGAUAGAAAGAGAAAGUAAGGCCAGCAAAGAAGCAUGAGAGGGAAUAGAUGAAGAGACAGAAAGAUAACCAUUUGGAGCAAUGUCCCUAGAGCCAAGACAGAAUUUUAAGAAAGGAAUGGUCCUAUAAGAGCUGGACUGGGUUGGGCGCGGUGGCUCACGCCUAUAAUCCCAGAACUUUGGGAGGCCGAGGCGGGCGAAUCAUGAGAUCAAGAGAUCGAGACCAUCCUGGCCAACAUGGUGAUACCUCAUCUCAACUAAAAAUACAAAACUUAGUUGGGUUUGGUGGCGCAUACCUGUAGUUCCAGCUAUUUGGGAGGCUGAGACAAGAGAAUUGCUUGAAUCUCUGGGAGGCAGAAGUUGCAGUGAGCCAAGAUUGCGCCAUGGCACUCCAGCUUGGUGAAGAGCAGGACUCCAUCUCAAUAAAUAAAUAAAUAAAUAAAUAAAUAAGAGCUGGACUGGAGCAUCAUCCAUUGAAUUUGGCAAUCAAUAUAAUAAACAUAAUAAAACAAUAAGGAAGCAUUAUUUCAUAAAUCUUACAUAUAUUAUCCACAAAGGAGAUGCUCUUGAGUAGCAUUGCUGAGUGUGGUCUGAAGGCCAGCAGAAUUGGCUUCAUCUGGUCACUUGUCAGAAGUGUAGAAUCUCUGCUGGGUGCAGUGGCUCAUACAUGUAAUCCCAACACUUUGGGAGGCCAAGGCUGGCGAAUCACCCAAGGUCGGGAGUUUGAGACCAGCCUGAGCAACAUGGAGAAACCCCGUCUCUACUAAAAAUACAAAAUAAGCCAGGUGUGGUGGCACAUGCCUGUACUCCCAGCUACUUGGGAGGCUGAGGCAGGAGAAUAGCUUGAACCCGGGAGGUGGAGGUUGUGGUGAGCCGAGAUCGUGCCAUUGCACUCCAGCCUGGGCAACAAGAGCGAAAGUUUAUCUAAAAAAAAAAAAGUUUAGAAUCUCUUUAAAUACCACAAGGCUAAAAAAAAAAAAAAUAACUAAAAAAAGUUUGGAAGCUGGGUGUGGUGGCUCAUGCCUGUAAUCCCAGCACUUUGGGAGGCUGAGGCAGGUGGAUCACAAGGUCAGGAGUUCAAGAUCAACCUGACGAACAUGGUGAAACUUGUGUCUCUACUAAAAAUACAAAAAUUAGCUGGGUGUGGUGAUGCGCACGUGUACUCCCAGCUACUCAGGGCUGAGGCAGGAGAAUUGCUUGAAUCCAGUAGGCAGAGGUUGCAGUGAGCCGAGAUCAUGCCACUGCACUCCAUCCUGGGCGACAGAGCGAGACUCCAUCUCAAAAAAAAGUAUAGAAUCUCAGGCCCCAUCCCUUAGGCCUAUUGAAUCAGAUUAUGUAGCUGCACAUAAAAGAUUCAACAUCGGCUGGGUGCAGUGGCUCACGCCUGUAUUCCCAGCACUUUGGGAAGCUGAGGCAGGUGGAUCAUAAGGUCAGGAGUUCAAGACCAGCUGUGGCCAAAAUGGUGAAACCCCGUCUCUACUAAAACUACAAAAAUUAGUCAGGUGCAGUGGCAGGCAUCUCUAAUCGCAGCUGCUCGGGAGGCUGAGGCAGGAGAAUUGCUUGAACCUGGGCAUCAGAGGUUGUCAAAAAAAGAAGAUUCAGAGGCACUGCUUUAUAGGUAUUUGGUGAAUGUUCCCUCCUCUUUUUUUCCCCCCGGACAUUACACGGAUGUACCCUGCUGACUUUCUUUUCUGUUCUUCCUUUUCUUUUCUUUUCUCUUUCUCUCUCUCUUUUUUUCUUUCUCUAUCUUUCUCUUUCUCUCCCUUCACUUCCUCCCUCCCUUCUUCCUUCCUUCCUUCCUUCCUUCCUUCCUUCCUUCCUUCCUUCCUUCCUUCCUUCCUCUUUCCCACUUUCUCUGUCUCCCUCUUUCUCUCCUCCUCUCUUUUCUUUCUUUUUCCCACACAGAGCUGACUGUGGAAGAGACUGGAGUUUUAUUAUUACUCUUCCUGACUUUUAAUCAGUCUCUUCCUGACUUUUUUGAGAUGGAGUCUCGCUCUGUCACCCAAGCUGGAGUACAGAGGCACAGUCUCUGCUCAUUGCAACCUCCACCUCCUGGGUUUAAGUGAUUGUUGUGCAUCAGCCUCCCGAGUAACUGGUACUGCAGUCACACACCACCCUGCCUGGCUAAUUUUUGUAUUUUUAGUACAGUCACAUUUUUGCCAUGUUGGCCAGGCUGGUGCUGAACUCCUGGCCUCAAGUAAUCCACCGUGCUUGGCCUCCCAAAGUAUUGGGAUUACAGGCGUGAGCCACUGCGCCCACCCGUUCCUGCCUUUCUAUAGCUCAUAUCUUCCAGUGGUCUAUGCAUUCUGCUUUUGAUUCUUUAACUCUUUCCUCAAUGAAAACAAUCUGGCCUUUUUCUACAGGAAUGGAAGUUUAUUUAGCAGAUUUGUUGAGUUUGUAUGUUCCAAACAUUAUUCUAGACACUUGGGAUAUAUCAAUGAGUGAACAAAAGAGAAAUUCCUGUCCAUCCUAACUAGUUCCUCUUAUGAUCAAAUAAUAAAACUUCCAUGAAGACAGUACUUUUAUCUCCUCCCCUGUUUUCUGGUUGUUGUUUGUUUGUUUUUGUUUUGUUGUUUUUGGGCAGGGUCUUGCUCUUUCACCCAGGCUGAAGUGCAGUGGUGCAAUCAUAGCUCACUGCAGCUUUGAUCUACUGGGCUCAAGUGAUCCUCCUGUCUCAGGCUCUUGAGAGUACUACAGGCCCAUACCACCACACCUGGCUAAUUUUUUUAAAUUUUUUUUAGAGACAGGGUUACCACUGUGUUAUAAUAUGUCCAAAACUGAACUUAUUAUCACUUCUUCCAACCUGUUCUUCCUAUUCUAAUUUCAAUAAGAACUGCCAAACAAUUUCUGUGGGUUGGGGGAGUCCUCAAAGAUCUCCUCACUGCUUAAUUUUUUCUGUAUUUUGUCUAAAGAUCUUUGACUUAAGGUGCUAUUUCUUGUACCAAUUUUUGUAUUAAAAUUCUUUAAGUUGGUCGGGCGUGGUGACUCACACCUAUAAUCCCAGCACUUUGGAAGUCCGAGGCAGGCGGAUCACCUGAGUUCAGGAGUUUGAGAGCAGCCUGGCCAACAUGGCAAAACCCCUUCUCUACUAAAAAAUACAAAAAAUAGCCAGGCAUGGUAGCGAGCUACUUGGGAGGCUGAGGCAGGAGAAUCACUUGAACCCAGGAGGCAGAGGUUGCAGUGAGCCGAGAUUGUGCAUUGCACUCCAGCCUGGGCAUCAACAGCAAAACUCCAUCUCAAAAAAAAAAGAUUAAGCUGCAGAAGAAUAAUUCAUCUUGAGCUAGUCUAAUCAUAGUGGUGGUAAGAUUUAGUGGAUCUGUCCCAGUACCUGGCACAUCAUAGACACUUUAUAAUAUAAGUGAAUGAGCAAAAUUGGGUGGGUGAGUAAUAGUAUCUCCAUUUUACAGAUAAGUGAAUUAUGGAAACCUCUUGGGGUCACCAGACUAAUAAAUAUGGAAUGAAGACCUAGAAUUCAGGGGCCUGAUAUCAAAAUGAAACAUAAUUUAACUAUCUUAAUCAGGAGAGUCAAAGGUUGUGCUGCAAGAAUAAAUUAACCCCUAAAUCUCAGUGGUUUAGUGUAAGAAAGGCUUAUUAUUCACUCAUGAAGUUUCCAGUACUGGUUGGGUAACUGUUCAAGGUAUAGUAAACGUUUAUUAUUUGUAAUAGUUAUGUUUUAUAAAAAUGCUGCAAACAACUGAAUUAGUGACUACUGAAUCACUGUUCCCAGGGGAAAUGCAGGGUUAGGUUCCUUUGGGCCUCUGGCCACCACAUUUUCAUCAACUGAUCAACUAUAUAACCUUAGUUUUCUUUGCGUUGUUGUUUAUAGACACUUUAUUUAAUAUAUGUUGUUGAUUUAUUAACGUUGAACUCAUGGCCAACAGCACUGUGACUCAUGCCUGAACAAAGCUUUCCUAGCACACAUUUUCUCUAUAAGGCACUAAAGAACCCCACACAACACUUUGGCAUUAAGUUUAAGGGUUAUUUUAAACAGUGAAAUCACCAACAAGUAGCCCAAAAAUGCAAAAAGUACAUCAUUAGAUAGACAACAAAAAAGACACUAAUAUUUACACCAUGAGAGCUGCCGCAAGAAGGCAGAGCAUUGCCUUGUUCUACCUCAGCUGGGAACGUAUCAGGUGACUCGAACUUGUCACCUCUCAAUACAAGUCUGUGAAUGACCUCAUUAGCACCAUAAGCAUUGACUUUGGGUUACAAACACAUUCAGUGACUAGGCAAAUCUACAAAUAUAUAACUCACAAAUGACAAGGACUGACUAUAAAUGCUGUGGCAAUUUGGAACCUCGGGCUAUUUUGACCUUGUGACACUGCCGUCUCAACAUUUAGUUUCUAGGUUUCCUCAAUAGGGAAGAUAUUUUUGGAGGCUCAUUUGCUAGCUCUUAAAUUCUUUGGUCGACCACAGUCCAUUGAACAGAACUAAUCACCUGAGCCCAUGUAACUGCAAGAGAUCUGGGAAAUGUGACGAAUACCUAGGUAUUUAGUAAGCAAUAAAUAUUUAAGUUACAAAAGGCAAACCCAAAAAAGAGAAAAAUAAUUAUACUUUACAAAGGGAGGCACCUGCCUGGGCACAGUGGUUCACACCUGUAAUCCUAGCACUUUGGGAGGCCAAGGUAGGCAAAUUGUCUGAAGGCACAUCUGUUCUUGUCAGGCAGAGAGUAAGAGAGUGCCCUGUGGAAGUUCUAGGGAGUGAGGAUGUUUCAGAGUUCUCAACUCCUGUGGCUCUUUCCGGGUAUAUGCAUUCUAAUUGGCAGAUCGCAGAAUGUUCCAGCUGUGAACAGUGUUAUCCAUUUCACUUUAGCAGUUCCAGCUGUCAACAGUGUUAAUCCAUUUUACUUUAGCAGGACACAUGAUUAAUUUCUUGUUCUGGACCCUUGUAAUUUUCAAUUUGCUCAUUGUUCUCUGUUUCCAUUUGGUCAUCUGUAGGCUGGAAUUUGUCUCACUCUCAUUGAACUUUAUCAAACUAUAAGCAGUAACCAGUACACUCAAAUAGCCCUGGUAUAUUUGCCGUAAACCCUAAGCACUUCAUCCUCAGUUUGCACAUAGUCUGAAUCCUCAGCAGCAAGAAAAUUGCUUAAUCAAUGUUUUACAACAGCAGAACGAGAACUGCCAGGAAAUUUUCCAUCCUAAGUUGAGGGAAUCCUCAUUGUUCCUCUCUCUGCUUGACUCAACUAGUUCCGUAUUUCUUCUGAAGGUCUUUCACUCAAGAUACAACUUCCAGAUAAUAAUUUAUGUAUUCAUCAGAACUCCUUUAGUUUCAAGUAGAAGAAUUCAUCUGGAGCUAUUCUAAUAAUAGUAAUAGUAACAUGGAGUGAAUGUUUAUUUUGUACCAGUGUCUGGCGCAUAAUAAUUGCUUAAUCUUUGUUGAGUGAAUGCCAGAUAUUGCACUAAGUACUUUAAAUGCAUUUUCUAAUUUAAUUCUCACAAAAACUCUACACUAGGAUUUUUUUCAUUUUACAGUAAAAAACAAAACAAAACAAAAAUUAAAAAACACAAAAAAUACUGUGGCAGAGAUUUAGAAACUGCCCCAGGACACACAGCUAGUAAAUGUUGGAACCAGGAUUUGAGCCUAGGCCUUCUCAAUUUUUGCUAUCCUAUGAGCAAGAAAAGAUAAUUUGUUAUAAGAGGGUUGUUACAGAAUGAAGAGCAGAAAUUCAGGUAGAUUACAGAAUGGGCUGGAACCAGAAAGCUGUUGGGAACUCAAGUCAUAUUCUCCCUUGGAUUCAUCUGUCUGCUUUUUUAGACUAGAUGUGGUAUCCCUGAUGGGCAAAGGGAGUAUUGGUAAAAUUAUGCAAUAGAUAAUUUCACUGAUCCCAACUUUUGAUUUGCCUUGGAAAAUCCCAGCAUUGCUUCCAGCUCCCUUUGUGACCUGGGUUAAGUCAUUCCAUUUCUUUGGGCUUCAGUUCUCCUGUCUAUAAAAUGAGAAGUUCUUUUUUUAUUUUUUGAGAUGGAGUUUCACUGUUGUUACCCAGACUGGCGUGCAAUGGCACAAUCUUGGCUCACCGCAACCUCCGCCUUCUGGGUUCAAGCAAUUCUCCUGCCUCAGCCUCCUGAGUAGCCGGGACUACAGGCAUGCACCACCAUGCCCAGCUACUUUUUGUAUUUUUAAUAGAGACGGGAUUUCACCUUGUUGACCAGGAUGGUCUCUUGACCUCGUGAUCCACCUGCCUCGGCCUCCCAAAGUGCUGGGAUUAUAGGUGCGAGCCACCGUGCCCAGCCAAAAUGAGAAGUUCUUACCAGAGGAUUCCUCAGGUCUCUUCUAUGAUCCUGGGAGGCCAAGGCAGGAGGAUCGCUUGAGCCCAGGGGUUCGAGGGUGCAGUGAGCUAGGAUCACACCGCUAUAUUCCAGCCUGGGACACAGACCAAGACCCUGUCUCUAAAUAAAUUUAAUUAAUUAAAUUAAAUUAAUUUCACUUAUUUAAUUAAAUAAAUUUAGUUAAUUAAAUUAAUUUCACUUAUUUAAUUAAAUAAGUGAAAUUUCUAAGACAGAAGCACAUGAAUAAUGUAGUUCAAUGUGUGAAUUUGGGGGAGAGAAUGGGGAAGGGUUCUAAGGAAAGAAAGACAGAAUAAAAGUUUGGGUGUAGCCUCAGUGUUGAGUUGUUAUUUAGAGCUGGUGUCGAGUGAAGGCAUUUGGGGAGAUAUAAAUGGAGAAUGGAAAAGACUUCUAAUCCUGGCCUGGGGCAGUGGCUCAAGCCUGUAAUCUCAGCACUGUGGGAGGCCAGGGCAGGCAAAUCACUUGAGGUCAGGAGUUCAGGACCAGCCUGGGCAACAUGAUGAAACCCUGUCUCCACCAAAAAAUAUAAAAAUUAGCCAUGCGUGGUGGUGCAUGCCUGUAGUCUCCAGCUACUCAGGAGGUUGAGGCAGGAGAAUUGCUUGAACCCAGAAGGCAGAGGUUGCAGUGAGCUGACAUUCUGCCACUGCAUUACAGCCUGGGUGACAGAGUGAGACUCUGUCUCAAAAAAAAAAAAAAAAGGUGCAGUGGCUCACACCUGUAAUCCCAGCACUUUGAGAGGCCGAGGUGGGUGGACCAUGUGAGGUCAGGAGUUCAAGACCAACCUGGCCAAAAUGGCAAAACCCCAUCUCUACUAAAAAUACAAAAAUUAGGUUGGUAUGGUGAUAGGUGCCUGUAAUCCCAGCUACUCAGGAGGCUGAGGCAGGAAAAUCGCUUGAACCUGGGAAGCAGAGGUUGCAGUGGUGAAAUAGCCCCACUGCACUCCAGCCUGGGCAACAGAGAGAGAUUUUGUCUCAAAAAACAAAAACAAACAAACAGAAAACAAAGCAACAACAACAACAAGAAAGACUUCUAACCCUGACCAAACCAGAUUAUUUUGAAUGAAAUGUCUCUCUCUCUCUCUGUUCUAUGAGCAGUUCUGUGUGUUGAAAGAUCAGUCCCUGUGUGUAGUGAUUUAAUCUGGUUUAUCUCUUCUUGCCUCAGAAUUUUUGAUAGGGCUUUCACCUAGGCCACAGAGAGAGAACCAAAGGGAAGACCCAAACAUUUGAAUGGUGUAAUGAGUAAAUCACGUUUCUCUUGGUCUGUUUCUUUAUCCAUAAAUUGAAAAGUUUGGUCUAUGUGAUCUCUGGGGUACUGCUCAGCUCUUGACAUUCUGUGGUUCUGAGUACUGAAUUGAAAGCAGCUCUCCUCUUCUUGAAUUCUCCUUCCUUGGACCAGACCUCUGUCUUCAUUUCUCAUCUGUUUAUACCUCGCUGCCCUGUUUCUUUCUCCUGGGUGUCCUUUCUUCCUCAGUUUCCUCAAAUCCUUCUUGCUUCUUAGCUCCUUCAUAUCCUCUUUGUUUUCUGUGUUUCUGCAAAACCCCAGAUUACUCCCCAGGUCUCCAGUUCUCCAUCUUCAUGUCUGCCUAUUCCUUUCUGCAUCACUGGCUCCUAACUCAAGCUAUCUCCUUGGGUUCCUCUGAGGGGCCCCUGGGAUCCCCUAUCAUUGGUCCCUCUCACAGAAGCAUACCCUUCUCCAGAGCCAAAGGAUCAGAUAUUCAGUGGCUCAGGUAACAAACCUGCUGUCAGGUUACAGAUAUUGUUUGCUGAAAGACCACACUACAGUGUCAGUGGAGCCUCAGGCUGCCUGCAGUGCCUGCCCUCAUCUGGCUAUCCCACAGGUGAGAAUAACCAGGACUCACCACCUCCAGUAGCAGCGUUCACCUGGAAACAUGGCUUUGAGCCUCUGGCCACUGCUGCUGCUGCUGUCCUGCGCAGUGACUCUGGCCCCUACUGGGCCUCAGUCCCUGGACCCUGGUCUCUCCUUCCUGAAGUCAUUGCUCUCCACUCUGGACCAGGCUCCCCAGGGCUCCAUUAGCCACUCACGGUUCUCUACAUUCCUGGCGAACAUGUCUUCCUUUGAGCCUGGGAGAAUGGGGGAGGGACCAGUAGGAGAGCCCCCACCUCUCCAGCCCCCUGCUCUCCGGCUCCAUGAUUUUCUAGUGACACUGAGAGGCAGCCCUGACUGGGAGCCAGUGCUAGGGCUGCUGGGGGAUGUGCUGGCACUGCUGGGACAGGAGCAGACUCCCCGAGAUUUCUUGGUGCACCAGGCAGGGGUGCUGGGUGGACUCAUAGAGGUGCUGCUGGGAGCCUUAGUUCCUGGGGGUCCCUCUACCCCAACACGGCCCCCAUGUACCCGUGAUGGGCCCUCUGACUGUGUCCUGGCUGCUGACUGGUUGCCUUCUUUGCUUCUGUUGUUAGAGGGCACACGCUGGCAGGCUCUGGUGCAGGUGCAGCCCAGUGCAGACCCCACCAACGCCACAGGCCUCAAUGGGAGGGAGCCAACUCCUCACUUUUUGCAGGGUCUGUUGGGUUUGCUAACCCCAACAGGGGAACUAGGCUCCGAGGAGGCUCUUUGGGGCGGUCUGCUACGCACAGUGGGGGCCCCCCUCUAUGCUGCCUUUCAGGAGGGCCUGCUCCGCAUCACUCACUCCCUGCAGGAUGAGGUGUUUUCCAUUCUGGGGCAGCCAGAGCCUGAUUCCAAUGGGCAGUGCCAGGGAGGUAACCUUCAACAGCUGCUUUUAUGGGGCAUCCGGCACAACCUUUCCUGGGAUGUCCAGGCGUUGGGAUUUCUGUCUGGAUCACCACCCCCACCCCCCGCGCUCCUCCACUGCCUGAGCACGGGUGUGCCUCUGCCCAGAGCUUCUCAGCCCUCAGCCCACAUCAGCCCACGCCAACGGCGAGCCAUCACUGUGGAGGCCCUCUGUGAGAACCAAUCAGGCCCAGCACCACCCUACAGCAUUUCCAACUUCUCCAUCCACUUGCUCUGCCAGCACACCAAGCCUGCCACUCCACAGCCCCCUCUCAGCACCACUGCCAUCUGCCAGACAGCUGUGUGGUAUGCAGUCUCAUGGGCACCAGGUGCUCAAGGCUGGCUACAGGCCUGCCAUGACCAGUUUCCUGAUGAGUUUCUGGAUGCAAUCUGUAGCAAUCUCUCCUUUUCAGCCCUGUCUGGCUCCACCCGCCGCCUGGUAAAGCGGCUCUGUGCUGGCCUGCUCCCACCCCCUACCAGCUGCCCUGAAGGCCUGCCCCCUGUUCCCCUCACCCCAGACAUCUUCUGGGGCUGCUUCUUGGAGAAUAAGACUCUGUGGGCUGAGCGGCUGUGUGGGGAGGCAAGUCUACAGGCUGUGCCUCCCAGCAACCAGGCUUGGGUGCAGCAUAUCUGCCAGGGCCCCACCCUAGAUGUCACUGCCUCCCCACCCUGCCACAUUGGACCCUGUGGGGAACGCUGCCCAAAUGGGGGCAGCUUCCUGGUGAUGGUCUGUGCCAAUGACACCAUGUAUGAGUCCCUGGUGCCCUUCUGGCCUUGGCUAGCAGGCCAAUGCAGGAUAAGCCGUGGGGGCAAUGACACUUGCUUCCUAGAAGGGCUGCUGGGUCCCCUUCUGCCCUCUCUGCCACCACUGGGACCAUCCCCACUCUGUCUGGCCCCUGGGCCCUUCCUGCUUGGCCUGCUAUCCCAAUUGCCACGCUGUCAGUCCUCUGUGCCAGCCCUUGCUCACCCCACACGCCUACACUAUCUCCUGCGCCUGCUGACCUUCCUCUUGGGUCCAGGGGCUGGAGGGGCUGAGGCCCAGGGGAUGCUGGGUCGGGCCCUACUCCUCUCUAGUCUCCCAGACAACUGCUCCUUCUGGGAUGCCUUCCGCCCAGAGGGCCGGCGCAGUGUGCUACGGACGAUUGGGGAAUACCUGGAACAAGAGGAGGAGCAACCAACACCACCAGGCUUUGAACCCACUGUCAACCCCAGCUCUGGUAUAAACAAGAUGGAGCUGCUGGCCUGCUUUAGUCCUGUGCUGUGGGAUCUGCUUCAGAGGGAAAAGAGUGUUUGGGCCCUGAAGAUUCUAGUGCAGGCGUACCUGCAUAUGCCCCCAGAAAACCUCCAGCAGCUGGUGCUUUCAGCAGAGAGGGAGGCUGCGCAGGGCUUCCUGACCCUCAUGUUGCAGGGGAAGCUGAAGGUACCACCAUCUGAGGAGCAGGCCCUGGGUCGCCUGACAGCCCUGCUGCUCCAGCGGUACCCUCGCCUCACCUCCCAGCUCUUCAUUGACCUGUCACCACUUAUCCCUUUCUUGGCCGUCUCUGACCUGAUGCGCUUCCCACCAUCCCUGUUAGCGAACGACAGUGUCCUGGCUGCCAUCCGGGAUUACAGCCCAGGAAUGAGGACUGAACAGAAGGAGGCUCUGGCAAAGCGACUGCUGGCCCCUGAACUAUUUGGGGAAGUGCCUGCCUGGCCCCAGGAGCUGCUGUGGGCAGUGCUGCCCCUGCUCCCCCACCUCCCUCUCGAGAACUUUCUGCAGCUCAGCCCUCACCAGAUCCAGGCCCUGGAGGAUAGCUGGCCAGCAGCAGGUCUGGGGCCAGGGCAUGCCCGCCAUGUGCUGCGCAGCCUGGUAAACCAGAGUGUCCAGGAUGGCGAGGAGCAGGUACGCAGGCUUGGGCCCCUCGCCUGUUUCCUGAGCCCUGAGGAGCUGCAGAGCCUAGUACCCCUGAAUGAUCCGAUGGGGCCGGUAGAACGGGGGCUGCUGGAAUGUGCAGCCAACGGGACCCUCAGCCCAGAAGGACGGGUGGCAUAUGAACUUCUGGGGGUGUUGCGCUCAUCUGGAGGAGCAGUCCUGAGCCCCCGGGAACUGCAGGUCUGGGCCCCUCUCUUUCCUCAGCUGGGCCUCCGCUUCCUGCAGGAGCUGUCAGAGCCCCAGCUCAGAGCCAUGCUUCCUGUCCUGCAGGGAACUAGUGUUACACCUGCUCAGGCUGCCCUGCUGCUUGGACGGCUCCUCCCCAGGCAGGAUCUAUCCCUGGAGGAACUCUGCUCCUUGCACCUUCUGCUGCCAGGCCUCAGCCCCCAGACACUCCAGGCCAUUCCUAGGAGAGUCCUGGUUGGGGCCUGUUCCUGCCUGGCCCCAGAACUGUCACGCCUCUCAGCCUGCCAGACCGCAGCACUGCUGCAGACCUUUCGGGUGAAAGAUGGUGUUAAAAAUAUGGGUACAACAGGUGCCAGUCCAGCUGUGUGCAUCCCUGGUCAGCCUAUUUCCACCACCUGGCCAGAUUGCCUGCUUCCCCUGCUCCCAUUAAAGCUGCUACAACUGGAUUCCUCAGCUCUUCUGGCAAACCGAAGACGCUACCGGGAGUUGCCCUGGUCUGAGCAGCAGGCACAGUUUCUCUGGAAGAAGAUGCAAGUACCCACCAACCUGACCCUUAGGAAUCUACAGGCUCUGGGCACCAUGGCAGGGGGCAUGUCCUGUGAGUUUCUGCAGCAGAUCAACUCAAUGGUAGACUUCCUUGAAGUGGUGCACAUGAUCUAUCAACUGCACACUAGAAUUCGAGGGAGCCUGAGGGCCUGUAUCUGGGCAGAGCUACAGCGGAGGAUGGCAAUGCCAGAACCAGAAUGGACAGCUCUAGGGCCAGAACUGAGUGGACUGGAUAGCAAGCUACUCCUGGACUUACCAAUCCAGCUAAUGGACAGACUAUCCAAUGAAUCUAUUAUGUUGGUGGUGGAGCUGGUGCAAAGAGCUCCAGAGCAGCUGUUGGCACUGACCCCACUCCACCAGGCAGCCCUGGCAGAGAGGGCACUACAAAACCUGGCUCCAAAGGAGACUGCAGUCUCAGGGGAAGUGCUGGAGACCUUAGGCCCUUUGGUUGGAUUCCUGGGGAUAGAGAGCACAAGACGGAUCCCCCUACAGAUCCUGCUGUCGCAUCUCAGUCAGCUGCAAGGCUACUGCCUAGGAGAGACAUUUGCCACAGAGCUGGGAUGGCUGCUAUUGCAGGAGCCUGUUCUUGGGAAACCAGAGUUAUGGAGCCAGGAUCAAGUAGAGCAAGCUGGACGCCUACUAUUCACUCUGUCAACUGAGGCAAUUUCCUUGAUCCCCAGGGAGGCCUUGGGUCCAGAGACCCUAGAGAGGCUUCUAGAAAAGCAGCAGAGCUGGGAGCAGAGCAGAUUUGGACAGCUGUGUAGGGGGCCACAGCUUGCUGCCAAGAAAGCAGCCCUGGUAGCAGGGGUGGUGCGACCAGCUGCUGAGGAUCUUCCAGAACCUGUGCCAAAUUGUGCAGAUGUACGAGGGACAUUCCCAGCAGCCUGGUCUGCCACCCAGAUUGCAGAGAUGGAGCUCUCAGACUUUGAGGACUGCCUGACACUAUUUGCAGGAGACCCAGGACUUGGGCCUGAGGAACUGCGGGCAGCCAUGGGCAAAGCAAAACAGUUGUGGGGUCCCCCCCGGGGAUUUCGUCCUGAGCAGAUCCUGCAGCUGGGUCGGCUCUUAAUAGGUCUAGGAGAUCGGGAACUACAGGAGCUGAUUCUAGUGGACUGGGGAGUGCUGAGCACCCUGGGGCAGAUAGAUGGUUGGAGCUCCACCCAGCUCCGAGUUGUGGUCUCCAGUUUCCUACGGCAGAGUGGUCGGCAUGUGAGCCACCUGGACUUCAUUCAUCUGACAGCACUGGGUUAUACACUCUGUGGACUGCGGCCAGAGGAGCUACAGCACAUCAGCAGUUGGGAGUUUAGCCAAGCAGCUCUCUUCCUGGGCACCCUGCAUCUCCAGUGCUCUGAGGAACAACUGGAGGUUCUGGCCCACCUCCUUGUACUGCCUGGUGGCUUUGGCCCAAUCAGUAACUGGGGGCCUGAGAUCUUCACUGAAAUUGGUACAAUAGCAGCUGGGAUCCCAGACCUGGCUCUUUCAGCACUGCUGCGGGGACAGAUCCAGGGUCUUACUCCUCUUGCCAUUUCUGUCAUCCCUCCUCCUAAAUUUGUUGUGGUGUUUAGUCCCACCCAACUGUCCAGUCUCACCAGUGCUCAGGCUAUGUCUGUUACUCCUGAGCAAAUGGCCUUUUUGAGUCCUGAGCAGCGACAAGCAGUUGCAUGGGCCCAGCAUGAGGGGAAGGAGAGCCCAGAACAGCAAGGUCGAAGUACAGCCUGGGGCCUCUGGGACUGGUCACAACCUUCCUGGUCCCUGGUAUUGACAAUCAGCUUCCUUGACCACCUGCUCUGAGCCUGUCUAUACAGUAGCAGGAGACUGUGGGGAGAGAAAUCUUAAGUCAUAAAGAAUAAAGUGCAAACAGAA